UAUACUUUCUUUUAGAUUGAAACAAAUGCCAAACAUUCAUUUGUUUAGUCGAACUUAAAUUCCAUACUGAUGAAGUAUUCGACUUUGAGAUGAUUAAGUUUUCCCACUAUAUAUAUAGAACUUUUCUCAACGAGGUGUUCCAUUCAUUCCUCCAUCCUAAGUAAUGUUGUGCUCAGUGAGGGCAGGUUUAGUGGGCUCACGCCCCUCAGCCUCCGGUAGGAUUCCGAUCACACACCAGUCAUGCGUAUGGUCAAGGCAGUUGUUGACUUCACGUCCUUCUACAAGAAUUAGCAAUAACGGUGUUGCCGCCAUGGUAACAAAUGUUUUAAGACGUGGUUCAUCUUCUAUUCACACCUUUAAGGCAAAGGCCAUGGGUAAAGAAGAAAGUAAACCAGGAUUCCCACCACAGAACCAGGAUGGCCAACCAGGAAAAGAGUACCUGAUGGAUCCUCUACCAAUAUUCAGCAAUCCUGAUUACAAGGCCUCUAACAAACUCCAAGGAAAGGUGGCCUUGGUAACAGGUGGUGAUUCGGGUAUUGGGAGAGCUGUUUGCUGCUCGUUUGCUAAAGAGGGGGCAACUGUUGCCUUUACUUAUGUGGAAGGUGUCGAGGACAUAGAUGCAAAGAACACGUUAGAGAUCAUAAAUGAUUCAAAAAUUAGCCAGGCAGGUGAUCCAAUUGCAUUACCUACUGAUGUGAGGUUUGAAAAGAAUUGUAAGGACGUUGUUGAUAAGGUGGUUGAAAAAUAUGGUCGCAUCGAUGUCCUCGUGAACAAUGCAGCCGUACAGUACGAAACAUAUUCUUUAGAUGAUAUUACCGAAGAGAGACUUGAAAGGCUAUUUAGAACCAACAUUUUCUCUCAUUUCUUCUUGACAAGGUAUGCUGUGAAGCACAUGAAAGAAGGAAGCAGCAUCAUAAACACCACUUCAGCCGUAGCAUACACAGGCAGCACAAAGCUACUAGAUUACGCUUCAACAAAGGGAGCCAUCCUGGCCUUUACAAAGGGCCUCGCAACAUACCUGGUCGACAAGGGGAUUCGUGUUAAUGGUGUGGCCCCUGGCCCCGUGUGGACUCCACUUGAAGCUGCAUCACUCAAUGACGAGGAUCUAGCAGCGUUUGGCUCACAGGUGCCAAUGAAUAGGGCAGCUCAACCUGUUGAGAUUGCUUCAUCAUAUGUCUUCCUGGCAUCCGAGGACGCUUCCUACUUUACUGGCCAAGUUCUUCAUCCUGAUGGUGGGGGAAUUUCCGGUUUUUAAGAAUAUGGAGCGAAGUAUAUGAUAUAUUUUGCGCUUAAUUAAGUACAUUUUGUGUACUUUAAAUAAAUUGACGUUCGAUGUAAAAUCUUGUGUACUUUAAAUAAAAUGCCGUUCAUAUGUAAAUUCUUAUAUAUGUUUUGGAACAUCGAACAUGCAGUUCUUAAGAGCUUUAAGUAACUGUUGAAAUGAAACACUCCUAACACUUGGUGGAUGAUUGCAAAGUAAAAGAAAACUACAAUAUUGGUGGUCCUGCCUCGGUUACUCGGUCUUCUAAUCUAGACAUAACUGCAGCAAAAGCGUAUAUAUUUUACUGGUUUAUUUGAAAAAAAAAUACAAUUUGGUUUUACUGGCUACAACAAUCCAGACUCCGUAUUAGCGAUGAGAGUCCUAUCAGGAGUUAACGGAUAGGUGCGGUCAGCCAAAGGUUGGGUGCUCAAGCCUGGUUUGAGACGAAAAGUGUAGAAUAUGAGUAAGAUAGUGGCUGCGUUGUGUCUGUAACCGUUCAAUAUAUAUAUA